CAUUCCUUUUUUUAAGAGUGAGAAAAAGAGAGAAUGAUUGAGCAAAUCGUCUCGUUAUUGUACGUUUUGCUCUUACCACCUUCAAUGCGCGAGGCCCCACUUUUGUCUGUUACCUUCUUCACUCCCCAGCUUCGUUGGCCUUCAUACUUUAUCCUCAUUUUAAUUCCUUCUUCUCACAUUUCCCUAUCUUCCAUUCUACCUUUGUUUUCGUGUUCUUCGUUUCCUCUGCUUCUGGGUUUUUUAAAUCAGCGAUUUCAUUUUUUUUUAGUUGUAAUCCGUGAUGGGUUUUGGUUAAUUUUGACGAAACUGUGAAACUUGGGUUAUUUUGAAAUGAAAUUAGUAUGGAUUUGAGGAUUUUGGAGUUGGGUUUCUUUGUUUUCGGUGGAGUUGGUAUUUUUGAUUCGUUUGCUCAAACCGAGAAGCUCCAUUGAUUCUGAGUUGAAAUCGUUUUUUUUUCUUUGUUGUUUAAUGGAUUUUGAGUUGAAAAUAUUACUUUAAUCCCUUCCUCUCACAUUUCUCCAUCUCUCAUUUUACCUCUGUUUUCAAGCUUCUUCUUCGUGUUCUUCGUUUCUCUGCUUUUGCGUGUUUUCUUUUUUCUGUUCAUUCCCUGUAAUUUAGGGGUUUCGUUGGCUUGAUUAAUUUUGACGAAAUUAUGAAACUGGGUUGAUUUUGAGAUGAAAUUAGCGAGCGUGGAUUUGAGAAUUUGUACUUGUGUUUCUUCGUCGUGAAAUGGGUAUUUUGAGUUGAAAUCCUCUUGGGUUUAAUCCAAUUAGUUUUCACCAUUUCUAUCUCGACUAUCUCUUUCUUCUUCGUUAUCCUCUCUGUUUCUCUAUUCAGAUUACUCUGCAGAUUUUUUUUCCAAAUGAGUUUCCAAUAAAUCUACUGAUAUUUCCGAUUUUAAUCUAACAAAAACAUCGUUAAUCGAUGGCGGGAAUGUUACCCGGAGUUGAAUGUGCUAGAAGGAGGCGGUUCCACCACAGCAUAAACUCAUCGGACUCGCCGUCCACGGCGGCGAAAUCAGGAUCUACAAGAAGACCAUCGUUCUGUUUGUACACAAGCAACCGUGAUUUUCAUCUAAUUUCAUCAUCUUCUUCACAGCAACGGAGCCUGACGAAUAAAGCUCAUCAGAACGAGAAACUUGGUGAAAUUGCAAGAGAAGCUAAGGAACGGUUAGAUGAGAGGUUGAGGACUCACCGAAAACCUGAAAAUUCAAGGAGCAAGAAUAGCAAGAAUGAAGAAGUAAAGUCGAAGGAAUCAAGAGAAAAAAAUAAUGGUGAGAGAAAAGAGAUGAGGAGUACAAAAGGGAAAGAAGAAGAAACAAGAAAAAGGUUUAGUUGGGGCCGGAAGCUAAUGAAAUGGAAAGCCUCGGAGCAGGACGAGUGCAGCGUUUGUCUAGAACGGUUCAGAUCUGGCGAGCCACUGCUCCAUCUUCCAUGUGCCCAUAAGUUCCAUUCCACUUGCUUGGUUCCUUGGCUCCAAGCCAAUGCCCAUUGUCCUUGCUGCCGCGCUUCCCUAUAAGCCCUCCCUACCUAACUCUAUAGAGUUUUAUAUUUGGUUAAUCAAGGCUAAGGUAGCGCUAAUGAUAUGUAUAGAUGUGUUAAUGAUCGAAAGGUGUGUUCAAAAUUUACAAAACAAUCACUACUAUUAAAUUAUAUAUGAUAUUGAGUAAUCUUGUUUUGAUCGUUAA